UCCUUGCAAUUCAACUUCAUUCACCAAAUACGAACCACGACUCGCUCAGUCGUCUCGUUUUUUCGUCUUUUUAUUUUAGUCGAAAGAAUAGCAAUAACACUGGUUAUUGCAAACGUUUUAUUUUUGUGACACACACACACUUUGAUUCAUAAUUUUUUAAUGGAAACUUCUCUGUAAGCUUAUGUGUGAAGUAUUGUAUUCGUUUUUAUGUAAAAAUUGUGAAACUAAAUAAAGCAGGGGGUGAAAAAGUGUAUUUAUAAAAGCGAUAGUAAACUUGUAAAUGGACGGAUGAAUCAGACAAGGUGCCCGUUGUGGCAGGCGGUGGACAAGGAGGAGGUCACUCCAUCCUCAUCGCAUCAUCACGACCACGGUUAAAAAAUUAUGAACUUGAUGAUGGAUCAUCGGAACAACACUUGUGGCCGUUGUGGUCAUCCAAAAAAUGCAUUUCAAACCAUUAAAUUCGCCGAUCUAUUCACCCAUCUCCACCCCAACGAGGGGCAUAGUAGGGAAUGUCAAUGUGACGAAGGGGGGCGACACGAUGCCAACUUGAGCAACAGCCAUAGUAACGUUGACCAUCACAAUCCUCCCGUUAAGAUGGAACCAUCAUGUGUCCCCGUCAUCCAGCAGCACCACACCCAGUAUCUCAGUCAUGGAUCUCACCCCCAGCAGCAACCCCAGCUGCAUCAUCAUCAUCAACACAGUGCAUUUAGUAAUUCCGCAUUUAAUUCCGAAAUGGAUCAACACCAUCACCAAACUCAAGAGGAGAAUAAGCAGCAGCAGCAGCCGCAACAGCAUUUAUUCGGCAAUAAUUAUGAUACUCAUCCCAAUAAUAAUUAUGUCAUCUCCUGCCCUACGUCGACAGGAACGACAUACUUGACGACCGCUCUUCCCCCUGGUCAGCGUAGUAGUCAUCCCAAUGGUGGAGGGGGAAUAAUAUCGACGAUUAACAGCAUGAAUAUUAACAAUAAGGCCCCGAUUCUUCUACAAAUCCAGCAGGAUCAGCAACCAAAAGUAUCUGUCGGAGUUAUUACGAAAAAUCAAAGCAAAGAAAUCGUCACACCCAAACCUCCUCCACCACCCACAAUUCCUAGUAUUCCUCCUUCUCCUCGCGUCCCAUGCUCCUUGUGCAAGAAAACAUUCGUCAACGAAAAGAUGGCAACAGCUCAUAUGCAACGAGUGCAUGAAAAAAUAUCGAGAUUCGUGUGCGAAAUAUGCGGAGCUUCCUUUUCAUACAGAGGAAGCCUUGACUCACACCUUUGCUCCCACAACACCACCCCCAUCAUUACAUUCGAUUGCCCAACGUGUGGUCAAAAAUUCAAGCAAAAGACAAACCUCGCUCAACAUAUGAAAGGUCAUUUGGAUCUUCCCAAACGAUUUCCUUGUCCCCAUUGUCCCACUGGGUUCUCGAAGCGUGUUAAUCUGCGCACCCAUAUGAAGAGGAAGCACCCAGACAAGGAGGAGGAGGAGGCGACUACGACAACGAUUCCAUCCUCGUCAAACUCUAAGCUCUCCGAAGUCAGACCAGCUUCUGCAGAUCUACCUUCAACUAUUUCUUCUUCUUUGUCUUCUUCGUCAUCAUCCAAGAAAAAUAAAAAGGAGAAAUCACAGGGGCAAGGAAAUUUCAAAUGCGACGAGUGUGGCAGAAGCUUCCUUUUUAAGAAUAACCUUAAAGCCCAUCAGCGUGUACACUCAAAAGAGAAAAAGUACACAUGUGCAGAGUGUGAAAAAUCCUUCAUUUAUAAAGAGAGCUUAAAAAAUCACAUGCUUCUCCAUUCCAACGAAAUGCCAUAUAAAUGUGACAUCUGUCACAAGCAGUUCCGCGACCGGUCAAAUCGGAGGAAACAUGUCAAAAAUGUGCACAAAUACUUGUUUCUCAACAAUAAUAACGGUGAAAGUGGACUCAAUGAAGGUUUAAUUGGAAAUAAUGGGAACACGCAAGAUUUGAACAAUAAAACGCAAAAGAUCAAUAAAAACGGGAACAGUAGUAGCAAUAAUACCGCACCUCCACAACCGCAACCAGAGUCUCAACCCGUGUCGAAUGUUAUAAAAAAGGCGAGAAAACGUGUAAAGAAGGUGCCCGCAACUCCAGCUCCAGAAGUUAGUGAGAUUAAUCUUUUACCUCCACCAACCACGGGAGCAGCAACAGCUUCGGUCAUCGUGUCACACAUGGCGUCAAAUGCUGGUGUGGAAACGCUUGAUCGGAAAAUUAUUAUGAGUCCUGGACCAAGGCCGACAAUAAUGGUUUUGCCUAAUUAUGCUCCUCCUCCUCCCGAAUCACAAAAUGCUGGGACCAAUGUGAUUGUCAAAACCCCUGUCCAGAUGCAAAAUGUGAUUGUUUACCACAAGCAGUCGAGACCGGACAUCAUUAGUUCGAAUGGGGCCAGUUUGCAAAACUUCCCGAUCAACGAGUUGCAAUCGUCAUCUGGUGGAGUGCUCCCCCCACCACCACCGCAUAACACGCAGAUUGAGAUGGAGAGUGUUGAUGGAGAAUUAUCUAAUGGUCAUGGAGGUUUUCAGCAUUUUACAUUGUCGAGGGGAAUCAUCACAGCCUCAUCUGCGGUGACGAAUAAUGUCCAUUACAACUAUGAACCCCAACAACAACAACAGCAGCAGCAACCACAGUUUCAACAAUGGAAUGAUCAGACGGUAGCACCCCAAUCAACGACCCCAACUCUUUCUCUCAGUCAUCAUGACAAUAAUGCUAUUAAUUAUAUGGAACAGACCUCCCAGUAUGGGUCUAACUCAUCAAAUAUUAUCUACGCAAGCUCAUCAAAUAAUCAUGCUCAUCAACAUAACAAUGGUGGCGACGGCACGAAUGGAAUGGAAAAUGAACACUUAGAUCUUUUGUCGUCGCAAAAUGGUAGUGCCUUUUUUUACAAGGAUUUAUCACAAUUUGAUUUUAGUUAUUUGUAAUUUUAUAGUGAAAAUGCAAUUUUAUAUAGCGAAAUAAAUAGUCUCAAUCCGCUUGAAUUAA